AUGUCUCCACCUGUUCUUCGCCUGCCGUGGGUGGACUCGGUGCGCCUCUGCUCUCAGGGGCUCCAGCUUGAGCGCGCCAUCGAUAACAUCAAGCAAUCCUACGCCCUCCUCAUGUCCCGCUACGUCGCACUUCACCGAAGCGUUGUCGCCAAUCCCGCCGUCACUUUUCGAUACCGCAUGACCUGCAAUUUCGCCUUCGCCAAGGGAGACUCGGCAUACAUCCCCACCACCAUCGAAAAGCUCAAAGAAAACGCCGGCUUCACCAAGAGCAGCCUCAUCGAUGGCAAUCUCUACGACGCGGAGUAUGCCCUUCGACUCGCUGACGACGAAGUACAACACGCGGAGACGUUCUUGCUGCAGCUGGAGGAAGCCAUCGAUGCACAUGCCAUGCUCGAGGAUUGGAUGAGUAAGAAGGGAUUGCUGAAACAAGAGAAGACAGUGCCGAGCCCAGCGAAGUGCACGCCUGCUUCCAAGACGGGUCAUGUCGAGGAGUCGGAUACGAACAUUCAACAACUCGAGUACCCGGUCUUGGGCAGCACCUUGCUACGACCAUUGGAGGGGCCUGUCGACGGCGUUUCCUUCUAG